UGAUCGUGUAGCCAUUUUAUUUCAAGACAUUUUUUAAUUUUUUUUUUUCUGUUUUAAUGGCUUCUUGCGAGGUAGAAAAACCGUUUACUUUUAGGUGUAAACCAAUUUUUACGCAAGGAUUUACUAUUAAGUCAUGGAUGAAAAAUUCUGAGGUUACUGGCCCACCUGAAGCAGGUGCUUUUAAAAAAAGACCUGCAAAACAUACUCAGUUCCGUAGGUUUUAUGAUCGAGGAGAUUUGCCAAUCGCAUUGGAACAUGACACUAAAGGAAAUAAAAUAGCUUGGAAAGUUGAAAUUGAAAAACUAGACUAUCAUCAUUAUCUUCCCAUGCUGUUUGAAGGAUUGAGAGAAACUGAACAUCCAUAUGAGUUUUUUGCCCGCCAAGGUGUGCAUGAUAUGCUUGAACACGGAGGUGCUAAAAUAUUACCUGUUGUCCCCCAACUCAUUCUACCCAUAAGAGACGCUCUUGACACACGCGACCUACAAGUUGUUUGCACAACUUUAAAAGUCCUUCAACACUUAGUGAUCUCAGGUGAAAUGGUUGGCGAGGCUUUAGUUCCCUACUAUCGCCAAAUUUUGCCAGUUUUGAACAUCUUUAAAAACAAAAAUCUUAAUUCUGGCGAUGGAAUUGACUAUAGCCAACAGAGACGAGAAAACAUUGGUGAUCUUAUUCAAGAGACUCUUGAAGCGUUUGAAAAACACGGUGGUGAAGAUUCUUUUAUUAAUAUUAAGUAUAUGAUUCCUACUUAUGAAUCAUGUCUUCUGAAUUGAAUUCUGUAUUUGUAAAAUAUUAUUUUCUUUUGUGUAUAUUAAUAAUAUUAUUUAUCUUAUUACGUGAGAUUGAAA